AUGCUCAUGUCAAGUAUAUUGUUGAAACGGGAUAGUCUGGAAUACUGGCUCACCAGUCACUUGCGUUUGAAUGGAAUAUACUGGGGAACGACUGCAUUGGCUAUACUUGGGGAAAUGGAUGCACUGGACAAAAACCAAGUGAUUUCUCAAGUACUCGAGUGCCGUCAUAGCAAUGGUGGAUAUGGCGGACAUCCAGGACAUGAUCCUCACUUGCUUUUCACUCUUAGUGCUAUUCAGAUUCUAGCAACAUUUGACGCUCUUGACAAAGUAGAUACGCUUACAACUUGCAAAUAUAUUCAAUCUUUACAGCUUCCAGAUGGAUCAUUCUCUGGUGAUGCCUGGGGAGAAGUCGAUACGAGAUUUAUUUAUUGCGCGAUUUCAUGCUUGUCAAUCUUGAAGCAGCUUGAUAUGGUGGACACAAAAAAAGCCAUAGAAUAUCUCAGCGCAUGCCAAAAUUUCGAUGGUGGAUUUGGUAGUGUUCCAGGAGCAGAAUCCCAUGCAGGACAAAUAUUCUGUAGUGUCGGUGCGCUUGCAAUUUUGGAUGCGCUACAUUUGGUAGAUAGAGAUAAACUAGGAUGGUGGCUUGCUGAGCGACAACUAAAAUGUGGUGGACUAAAUGGAAGACCAGAAAAGCUUGAAGAUGUUUGCUACUCGUGGUGGGUGUUGUCUUCGCUUGCAAUUCUUGAUCGGAUUCAUUGGAUCAAUGCUGAUAAACUCGUCGAGUUUAUUUUGAGUUCUCAGGAUGAGGAGGGUGGGAUCGCUGACCGACCUGGAGACAAUCCCGAUGUUUUCCAUACUCUGUUUGGACUGUGCGGAUUGUCCAUGCUUGGCUAUGGUAAUUUAAACAAAGUUGAUCCUCGGUACUGUAUGCUCACCAGCACCAUUGACGCAUUAUUUUCAUCCCGUUAA